AUGAGUUCUAAAGUGGAAUUCAUUCUAAAACAAAUGAUCAGUCAUGAUCCCAAAUGGCGAGAUAUAGAACUACACGAAGCUUUGAAUGAAAAUUGCGUUAACAGUUAUUGGAACGAAAUGAUAGAAGAUGGUGAACUUAUUCCUAUGGAAGAUAGUACAUUUCUACAUUCAAGAAAAGGUUGAAUCAUAAUAUUUACCUUUUAUAUUAGGUAGCUGAAUAUACUUAUUGUAAUUUAAAAAUGUUCAAUUAUUUCAGAUCAAUCUGGACGAUAUUAUAAUGGUCUUUGGGCAUUAAAUUGUCCAUGUAAAGAUGACCCAUCUGAUAUGGUAUGCAAUUGUGUUUCUUGCCAAUAUGAUGAUAAUGAUACUGAUGAACUUAAGUCAAAACAAAUGUUUGAAUCUCUUAGCUGGAAUCCUAAUUGUAGUAAGAUGUUUAUGUUUUAAUAUUUUAAAUAAGUAAUAUACAGGCUAUUUUCUCCCUAUAUUUUCAAUGUUAUGAAAACUGAAAUAUAUUGGAACAAUUCUUGUUUAAACAUUAUUUUUUAUUAUUUUUUAAUGUUUAAUCCAUUGCCAAAAUCAAAAUUGUACAUAAACCUUAAUAUUGAGUGAAAAAAAAAAAUGAUCAAGGGAGUGAUUAAGGGAGUAUACAAAGUAUACAAAUGACAACAAUAAAAAAGUAAUAAUCCAACAAUAGUUAACCAAUAGUUGAGCAAUCAUUGAAAAUUAAAAAUGCUAAUUUCAAGCUUUUUUCAAGGUUUAGGUAUAUAUAUAACUAUCAAAAGUAAAAGUAAUAUGUAUGUUUCGAUUUUACCAAUGGAUUAAAAACUCCACGUUUUAAAUUAAUUUUGUUAAAAAAUGUACAUUACAAAUAAGUCAAACAUUUUAAAGAUUAUUUCUAAGUAACUUUAAAUAGAAGGAAAUCUAACUUGAACAGUCUUUUUUAUAGAUACUUAUUGAACAUUUAAAAACACAUUUUUCAAGAAAAAAAAAUUAAAAAUUUGAAAGUUGUUAAACUAGAAAUAUUCCAAAAUAUUUUGUAAAAAAAAAAAAUUAAAAAUAUAUUCAAAUUAUUUUUUCCAAAUUGUAUUUAGAUAGUGAUAAGGUAAAAUUGCUCAUAUCUGUGUUUGCGGCUGAACAACAAAAGCUUUGUGAAGAAAUAUGUUAUUCAACAUUAUUUUUUAAUCGAACACAAUUUCGGAUAGCUAUUGCUUCCCGUUAUUUUGGUGCUUUUUAUAGAAGUUUCUUUUUACAUUCCAAUUUGAAUAAUACACAAUCAAUUGUGAUGCAUCAAAGUUGUAAUAAUUCUAAGAACACAAAAAAGUAAAUAGUUUUGAAUUUAAUUGUAAUUAAAAUAUAAUAAUUUUUAACAAAUUGUUUAUUUGUUAGCAAUACUAAAGAUGAGGAAAAAAUGUCUUUAUUUGCUAAAAUUGGAACACAGACAGCUUUAAAUUUCUCAUUUGGAUUUCUAGUCAGCACAUGGCGUUCAGGCAAUAAUUUUGAUUUAUGCACACAAAUGCUUAAAGACGCUUUUGAAGCAUUGCAAUGUGUUCCUGAUGAUUAUCUUGUAGAUGAAAGCAACGUUCCUACUUUUUGGAUUGAAACACUAGAAAGGUCAUCAAAAUUUCUAUUUCAAGUAGUCAAUGGGUAAAAAAUUACAGUUUUUUAUUUUUAAUUGUAAAAUGCUUAAUUAUAUUAAAAUAUUUUAUUUUUAUUUAUUGUGUUUUUAGAAAUGUCAAUGUUCCUGAAAAAGAAAAUAUUAAUGUUGAUUACAUUCCAAAUACUGACAGACAAUUUGCUUUGUGUCUUUCAUUAGAAUUAGGUCUACAAAGAAAGUCACUAAGUCAAAUUUUACAAUGUGUAUUAAUGUUUUUUGAAUUAGGGUCUUGUUGCGAUAAGUAAUACUUAAUUUUAUAUAUUUUUGUUAAUUAUUAUUUACAUUUUUAUUUUUUUUUAUUUUUAGAGUUCAUAGUAGACAUUUACAUAAUUUAUUAACAAUAACACUUCGCCGCUUAAACUGGAUAGUAAAUAGAAUUCAAAGCAAUUUCAAUUAUGAUGUGAUUCAUUCUAAUCAAGUGCCUAUUUCUAUAUUAUUUAAUUGCACAUAUUAGUAUGUAUUGUAAUGUAUUAUUAUUUUAGGAUAAUGUUACUAAAAGUUUUUUAAGAUUGUAUGAUGAUGCUGACAAUCCAGAACCUACUGAAAUGAAGCAAACAGCUGUGAUGGUUUUAUCAUAUUUAGAUCAAAUAGCUAUCACAUAUUUAAAACUUCAAGUAAUAUGGUUAUCUUUUAGUUUUAACUGCUAUAUAUUUUAAUUUUAUCAAAUUGUGAAUGUUAGCAAAAAAUGAACGACAUAAAAAAUAAAAAGAAUAUAGUACAAUACUGGGGUAAAUCAUUUUAUCCAGAAACAAAAAACAAAGUUACAUCUACUCUUGAGCGUUUACAUAUUAAAUCUGUUGUAUGUUCAAGAAAUGAAAUAUUGGUGAUAACAACAAGUGGUACAUUACAUUUUAUUAGUUAUUCAGUUGAUUCAAUGGUAAUUAAACAUUAUUGAAAUAUUUAUUAUUUUGUUGAUAAACCUUAAAUAUUAAAUAAUGAUUAUAAAAAUAUUAUAUAAUAGAAUUUUGAAGAAAAAAUAAUUAUGAAUGUACCCGUAAAAUCUGUAGACGUCUAUGAUGAAACAUAUUUAGUAGUUACACAGAAAGGAGAAGUUUACUCUUGGGGUGUAAAUGACUUUGGUGCGCUAGGCCACGGUAAAAAAUAUUCUACUUUAUCUACACCUGAACAAAUUGCAGCACUUUCUAAAAUAACAAUUAUAGCGGUUUCAUGUGGAAAAGAUUUUAGGUAAGAUUUUGUUAGAUUACCAAUUGUAUUAUGUUAAAGUUUACAAAUCAAAUACUUAAUUAAAUUAUUAUUUGAAUAAGAGCUUGAAUACUGAAUUUGAAUUGAAAUUGGUUUUAGUGCUGCUGUUACGGAGGACGGAAAAUUGUUUAUGUGGGGUAAAAUAUUACAUGGCGGUAAUUCUUGUUAUAUUCCAGAAUUAGUUAAAUCUAUAUCAGGUAAUUAUAUAAAAAUAACACUUAAUAUAAUACAUUUAAAAUGUAAAAUAAAAUAAAUAGAUUUAUAUUAUUAAUACAUAAACCAUAAAAUAUUUUUAACAAUAAACUAUUUUUGAUAGAAUGGCAUAUUUCAAAUGUUUCUUGUGGAGCUUCUAUUAAUAAUACUUUGGCUUUAUCUAGAGAAGGAUAUGUUUUUUCAUUUGAACAUAGAAAUUCUGAUAAAAGUAUGAUUUUUUUAUUUCUGUAUCAUUAGGUUCUGUUAUUGGUAUAUAAAGUAUCUAUGUUCUUAUUAGGUUGUGAAGAUAAGUCAUUAAAUGUAAUACCCAGCAUGAUUGUAUUUGACUAUGAGAUUGUGUCAGUGUACUGUCAUAAUGAUGUAAAUGCUGUUAUUGAUUGUGUCAAUAAUGUGUUUACAUGGGGAAAAGGCAACAAUAAUAUGUUGGGGCAUAAUAACUCAUUUUGUGUUAAUCGACCAAAAGAAGUCAAAUUUUUAAGUGGUAUAUUUGUAUAUAUAUAUAUAAUAUGUUAUAAUUAUAAUUACUUAAAUAUUAUUGUUUAAAAAUGUAUAUUCAGGUAAACAAGUUACAGCUCUUUCAUUGGCAGAUGACUACAUAUUAGCUUUAACUGUUACGGGCCAAGUUUACUGUUGGGGACAAUUAAUUAACGAAAAUACAACACAAUGUAGACGUGUAAAAUGUUUAAUGAAUAGACAAGUGAAAAAAAUAGCUUGUAGCUCAAAUCAAGUAAAUAUUACAUUUCACGGAAAUAAAAUUAGUUUGAUUUAAAUAAACCAUGCAUAUUUUAAUAUUUUUUGCCUUGUUAUAAAUUUAUACUUACCAAACUAUAAAUGCUAUAAUUUCAUUAAUAAUAAUAAUUAUGUAUUUAGUUUCUGUUAAUUGUGUAUAUUAUAAUUAAUUGUACAUUUUAUACAGGUGAUCAACACCUAACAAAAGACUUUUAUUUUUUUGGAAUAUUUAAGAAACAAGCAGUUCUAAAAUGGCCCAGAAAAAGUUUUUUUAAUUUUGUAAGAUUUAUACUUGAUAUACAUCAUCUACCGCAUGAUUACACCAUUUCUCUUGAUACAUUUAGUAUGGGAACCCUUGCUAGGUGUAAGUAUACUCUGGUUAACAUUCCUAAAUGGAUAAUUAUCUGAAAAAGUUUCUGUAUACCUCUUAAGUAUAAUUAACUUCAAAUGACAACAAAUCUCUAAGUCUUUUUUACAUUUUUUCCUGCACUUUAGAUUAUUUAGCAAAUGAACUAAUCAAAAGAUAAAUUUCCUUUGCCAAUGUGAAUGCAUCUUACCUCUGUUAAUGUUUGUAGCCAUUUAAUGUUUAUUUUAAUUAUGUUCAUAAUCUGUAGGCAUCAUUUAAUAAGUUUGUAUGUAUUAUUAUAUUGAUUGUGUUGUCCACUGAUAGUUUGUUAUUGUUGUCAAAUUAUUAUAUUUAAAAGCCGCAAGGCCUAAACUUUAUUAAAAUAAAAAUAUAAUGUUACAUUAUAUUUGUCACUCUUAUUUUCUGGAUGAAAUCACUAAAUUUUUGGUUUUCAAAUAGCAACCUUUGUUAAAAAUUUUAUAAAGAGAUGAAGUUAAAAUAUAGAUGAAUAAAUGAAGUUAAAUACAAUUUUGGUGUUGACAUUUUUUAAUUUCUGUCAACCCAUUGACAAGAUAUUCCUUUUUAAGUUUGCCAUUUAAUGGAUAAUGGAAGAGUAUUGGAUCACUAUUCAAACGCUGCACAUUGUAACUAGCACACUAACAAUGUUCAAUUGCAUUCCUACUGCUCAAAAUUAAAACUGGAAUAUCUCAUCAACGAGUGAUUUCAAAACCAAAAUUUAUUUAAACUAGGCUAAAAAUCAAAAAUAGAGUAGUAACCUUAUUUUAAAAAAUAAGGAUAAACUAGGUUAAAUAAAAAUGAAACUAUAAUAUUUUUAGAGCUGCUUGUAUCUUAAAAGUUGUAAAAAAUAAAUUUUGAAAAAUUUAAUACUUUCCGAGGUAAUUAAGUAUUUUACAUUAUGUUGAAUACUCUGUAAAAUAAAAUUUACUUACUGUAGGAUUUUUAAAAAUUUUUAAAAUAUUCAUUGUUAAAUUUUUCCCAAAAAUAGAGAUUACAUAUAUGUGUAUGUGUAUAAAACAACUCUAAUUCACAAGGUUCAUUUGGUUCAUAGUGGGUCGCCAAAAGUAGCAGAAGAAAAAUAAAUAAUUUUUUUUCUCCUGUUUCAACUUUUCUACCUCCACUCCUAUUUUUAUAUAUAUUAUUCAUAAUUUCAUAUAAUCUCAUAAUUAUUAAUAUUUGAUUAAGAUUAUAUUUAUGUUUUUAAGUGUUUUGCUUGGUAUGAUUGCGAAGAAUUUAAUAUAGGAACAUCUACACCAUUUGUAACAGACUUGCAGAUUCAAACAUUAAAUUAUUUAGAGCAACUUUUGUCUAAUGAAUUUAAAGAAUAUAACUUAUAUAUUGAUUGGCCACCUUCUCAACAACAAGAAUGUGUUCUUAUAUCAGUAUUACAUUUGCUUACAUUACAAGUAAAUACAAAAAUAUUUAAAUACAAUUUUAAAUUAUUAUUAAUUUUUUUUUUGGCAAAAGUUUCAUUCAAUGAUUAACAAUAAUGUGAGUGCUGAUACGGUUGGACUUAUUGGAAAUUCAAAACUAUUAUUAAAUAUACGCCAAACAAUUACUGAGUUGGCGUCAAAUACAAAAGUUAUAAAUACUAUUAAGUUUGCUGCCCAAAAAGCUUUAGAAAUUGGAUGGCUUAUACUAUUUCAAACACCAAAUGAAAGAGCUAAUAUGUUGUAUACUAUAUUACAACCUUUAACCUCAUCAAAUGGUGAGCAUUUAUUAAUUGUAUUAUUUUAAUAAAUAAUCAUCAUUACUAUGAUUGUUGAAAUUGUUCUUUUUAAAUGUAGACGAAUCCCAAUCAAUAAAUAGUAAUCAAGAAUUUAUGAUAAAUCUUAUUACCAACAGUUUAUUAGGUGACAAUAUCCUGCAUACAUUUUUACAAAAAGCUAUUGAACGUAAGUUAACUAAUUACUAGUUGAUAUUAGUUUUAAAAUUAUUUUAUUUUAUUUUAUACAAACUUAUUUUCAAAGGCGAAUACAAUCAAAAUUUUGAAGGGCCCCCCAAGUACAAUUUUGAAGUAUCAAACAUAUCCCUUUGUUUUAUAGUUUCUCAGUUACUGAAGUGAGUAAAUAUAAAAGUAUAAUUGAUUAUUAAAAAUAUAUUAAUAUGGUUUAAUUUUGAUUUAUAUAUUUAUAGCAAUUACUUUAAUAGUCUUUCAAUGCAAAUUCAUAAAGUAAAAGUGCCUUCAAACUCAUUAUAUCAAUCCCCUAGUUUAAAAUUUAUAAUGACUUUUCAAAGACUUUUAAUGAUAUCAAUAUAUCGCCAAAAAAUGAAUAAAGAUGAUAAAUGUCAUAAAGAAUCAGGUAACUAUUGAUUUUUGCUUUUGUGUGUUAGAAGAAUGCAAUUUUAUACCUUUUUAAUAUUUAUUUUUGUUAACAUAAAAUUAUCAUAUCCAUGUAAAAUUUUUCGAAUAUGCAAUACUUUCCGUGAAAAUAUAAUAUUUUGAAAAUUAAUUUAAACAAAUAAUUAAUUAUUUAAGAAAAAAAAAAAAAAUAUUAAGUUGCAAAUUGCAUUAUGUUAUUUGUUAUAACAGUAUAAUAUGAUUUGACUAUAAGUUGUAACUGUAGAGGUGUGUUCAUCAUGGUGAAUCAAGUAUUUUUUUCAACUUUUGCUUUAUCUAGGCUGGGAUUAUGCUUGAUUUUUGUAUAUUUAAAAGCCAUAAUGCCAGUAAAAAAAAGUGAAACCAGUAGACAAACCGUAAUUUUGGCCUAAACAUUGGCAAUUUUUAGUAGAUUUUUAUGUAUAUUUGUAAUAUAACACUAACACACCAAUAUAAAACAGGUUUUGUACCUAGUUAUUUUUCAUUUUUAUAAUAGCCUUUUAAAGAUAAAACGUAUUGCAUAAAAUAUAUUCUAUUACAAAUAAUGACAUUUAGUUCAAUACUUCCGUAUUUGAAAAAUUAAUGUAAUUCGAAAAUGUUAUUCUUUAAUUUUUAAUGUACUUUAGGUAUGAAUAAUCAAGGUGCUGAAAUACUUCUUUCAAAGUAUUUAAGUAAUUUCAUUAAUCGUGCCUGUCAAGCUAUUGGACUAGCAAAUCAUGUAGCAUCUAGAAGUUCAAAACAUUAUCAAAUUAUUACCAAAAUAAUAAAUGCAACUGGAUUUGGUAUGAUCAUAUUUUCUUAAAUUAAGCUGAUAUUUUAAUUAUUAUUAUUAAUUUGUAGACAAAUUGUUUAUGGAACUUUUGAUAAGCUUAAUUAUGGUUCAUCAAAAAUCGCCUUUGUUCUUACAGCACAUUGAUUGGUUUAAUAUGUUUAUACCUUUAUUUAAUGUUUUGGAUACAUUUAAUAUGAUGACCCCAAAUUUUGAACGUGAAGAAGAUGAUAAUUUAUCUUGGCCUGGAUAUUCUAGUAAAUAAUAUAUUCUUAUACAUAGUAUAGCCAUACUAAAUAUACUAUAGCUAAAUAUAAUUUAUAUAUUAAAUAACAUAAAUAUAUAAUAAAUAAUAAUUAAUAGGUUAUACUUGUAAUACAUCAUAUAAGAACGUUGAAGAUAUUUUGCUAAUUCGAAAAGCUGAUUUAGAAAAUCAUAAUAGAAAUGGAGGACGCUGGGUAGUGUUUAAUAAAAAAGUUUAUGAUGUACAAGAAACUAGGUAUUUAAUUGUUUUUUUUAAUUAUAUUUUACAAAUUAAAAUAUUUCUUUUAUAAUACUUAGGUCUAGUGAAAUGAAUUAUUCAUUUGUUUCAAUGUUGCACUCUUCGUCUAUGUAUGAACAUGUAUUAUCUGAAAUGCCUGAAGAAACUCUACAGUCACGUUUUGUUGGAAAUUUUUUGGAUCCAGAUGAGGAUAUUGUUGAAGUCAGUAGUUAUUAUUAUUUCUAAAUUACCAAAUUUUCAAUAAUGUACUAAAUAUUUGUUUAGCCUAUUGAAUCAAAUUUGACAGAGCCAUUGCUUUUAGACAUUCAUCGAACUCUUGGUUACUUUUUGGGCCUCCAUGCUCACUGGCUAACUUCUUUACCCCAACCUCAUUCUAAAUAUCAAUGUUUCGAUAGUUGGUCCUCAUUAUUGCGUGCUGGUAUUGAUAGUAAUAGUAAUAAUAACUAUGUAAGUAAAAACUCGGUUAUUUUUUCUUAUCAAUUUUACCAACUAGGGUUGUAUUAUGACUACCGUGGUUACAUUAUACGGUUUUGAUUAUACAUAACUUUUUUUGUGUGAUAAAUGUUUAUUAAUAUUUUUUUUAAUUAGGAUGAAUGUGUAAAAAUAUUAAUAUUAACAUAUAAAGAAAGUUGUAAAUCAGCUGAGAGUCAUAUACAAUAUGGACCUGAUCACCCUGUAGAAGAAAUAAUUCAAAAUGUUGCUAGAGUGCUAGUGAAACAUUUAAAUUUAAAUAAAAAUGAAAUAACUGAAAAAGGUUUGUAAUGAUUAAACUUUGAAAUAUAAUAAAUAUGAGUUAUGUUACAAACACUGAUUUUUAAGGCUGAACAAAAAUAAAAUUAAUUUUAUUAAAUGUAUUUUAAUUGAAUUAAAAAGAACUGUAGAAAACUGUUGAAAAAUUAUAUCAGCCAGUAGUGCAACUAGGGGGGGGGUGUUUUGGGUGUCUGAACACUCCCUAUGAACACCCAUAAUUUUUCAAAAUAAUCUGACAACUUUUAAGCUAUUUAUAGUCAUUUGAAAUAUUCCAUUUUUUAAAUUUUUUUUGGUUGUUUUAAGUGGAUAAAACCAUUUUAGUCCAUCAAAAUUAUUGAAAAUCUAAUAAAUAAUUCAAGUAGAAAGAAGUGGUUAGAAAAAAAGGUAAACAUAAUAUUAUUUAUUAUUUUUUUUUUUUAAAAAAUUGUAAAAAUAUUGUUAUUUUAAUUUAUGUUUAACUGAAAUUUGCUCCCAAUCAUUUUUUUAUUAUUAAAUUACUCUGUUUAUCCUACCUUCCAAAUUUAUCACCUACAACAGAGGCACACUCAUUAGCUUUAUCAGAUUAUUAUUUUUCAGCAUUUCAAGUUUGGAUAUGAAGUAAGGAAUGACGGUUAAAUUGUGUAGUAUCUCCUUGAUAUUUUGUUUAUUAUUGAAAAUAAAUUAAGAUACAAUGUUUAAAUUGUUGUGAAAAAAAUUAUGCUUACAUUUAUGACUUAGAAAAUAACUGGUUCAUGACACAAAAUUAUCUGAUUUGUAUUAAAUAAAACUAGCAAUAUUAGUUUUAUUUAUUUAAAAAAAUAACUAUCUUUUUUAAAUUUAUAGAUAGUUCAAUACCGUUUGAUAUCAUUUUUAAAAUGUUUGGAAAAGUUAAAAUUCAAAUCCUCAAAAUGAAACAAGACUCAAACUUAAAUUAUAAAGAAACAUGUUCACCUAUUUUAGAUCGUUGCAGGUUUGUAAUAAUGUAAUAAAGUUUUAUAUACUAUCAAAAUAUUAUGUACUAUUUAUAAUUAUUUAGAUAUUUACUCAAUGAACUAUGUCCAGUAUUAUCUUCUAAAGUGAUUACAGCCCAAAAGUUACCAAUUAUAAAAGCAGAAUCUCGAUGGAAAACUGUGAUUAACUCUGUUGUUUCAAGUAUAAAAACCAAAAAAAAUGUUAGGAAUCAUAAAGCUCGAAAUCAACAUCAUCCAUUACAAAAUAUAUCAGUUGAUGAAGUAAGUAAUUUAAUUAGUAUUUUAUGAUAAUAUUUUAUACAAAAUAAUAAUUGAGUUAUAUUCAAAGGAAAAUUUGAAAAACAUAGUUUCAAAGUCCAAUAAAAAAUGUGUACCACUACAGGAUAAUUUUAAAAAAGGUAUUAUUACUAUUCAAUUUUAUAGAAAAUUGUAAUUUAUUUCUAAUUAAUUAUACUUUAAGGUGUUUUUGAACAAAUACAAGAUACAAAUGAUACAAAAUUGAUAACUAAUAAACACAAUCGAAUAGAAAUCAGUAAAAUAAUAGUAUCAUUUAUAUUAUCGAAUGUUGACAUUCAUGAAAUAAGAAAUUUAUUAAACUCUGAAGUAAAUUUAAAUAAAAUGAUUCAAAAUAUUCAUUAUUCACUAAUAUUUGUACACAUUUUAUUAAAUCAGGUAGAUAGAUGCAAUUUGAUACAGACUGGUUAUGAACUUAUUUUUCAGUUAUUUAAAAAUCCUACAUCAAUAAAUUCUGUAAAAUAUUGUAUAAUAUCAGGUUGGUUGUCUCCAUUACCAAAAAAUCAUAAAUUUAGGUAAUUAUACUUAAAUGUUUAAAUGUGCGUAAUUUAAUUAUAUACCACUGUUUUAGAAACAAUAAUGAAGUUGAAUUUGUAACAGUGACCCAUAAACUUAAACUUUUAAUUGCUAAAUGUGAUUUCAUGAGAUGUGCUUUAGAAGAAAUUAAGUUGCUCGUUUCUCAAAUAGGAAAAAUUCAGAAAUCAGUUGGGGUUCGGGAUAAAAUAACAAAUAUUAAAAAAAUGAAUUGGUGCAGGUAAUUGUAUGAUAAAGUAAUAUUUAAUGAAAUUUAUGAACUUACCUAUUUUAAUUCUUUAGAUUUGCAAUUGCAACAUUUGGUUCAAUAACUCAAAUUUUAAAUGGCAAAGAAUCUAGCUUACUAAUUAAUUCUGGCAUUUUACCAGCUAUUAACUCCAUUAUAAACACCCUAGAUCUUGCUGCUAAACGACCGAUUGAAAAAAUAAAUGCAAAACAAAUUAUCUAUGAAGAAGAUUUACAUAAAAUAAAGAGUUUAAGGGGAGUUGAUGUCAUACCAUACUUAAAAUUAGGGGCCAGAGUUGUUCGUGGUGAUGAUUGGAAAUGGGACCUCCAAGUAUUUAUUUGAGUAGCAUAAUUUACUAUACUAUUUUGUUGAAUUUGGAUUGGUUAUAGGAUGGUUCUGGUGAAGGUCAAAUUGUUAGUAAAGUAGGCGAUGAUGGUUGGGUUAGAGUUCUUUGGGAUCACGGAAUUUCUAAUUCAUAUAGAAUGGGUAAAGAAGGAAAAUAUGACCUCAAACUUGCACCUGGUUUAGAUACUGGAGAUGAUGAUGAUUCUGAUUGCAAUGUUUCAUGCACGAAUAAUGGUGGUAUGUUUUAUUUAUUUUAUUUUGUUUAACAAUUACAAAAAAAAAAUUAAUUUAUAGAAAUACAUGAAAACUCAAUGGAAAAUCCAUUUGAUUUACUUAAGUGCUCCAUGAUUAAAUUUCUUAACUGCCUGGCAUUAUCAAGUGCUGUUAAUUCAAUUGAAAAUGAUAAUUCAAUUAAAAUUCUUUCAAAAUAUUAUUAUAACACAUUAGAGGUAAAAUGUAUUUAUUAAUUGAACAUAUAAUUUUUUAAUGUGUAUAAUUUUUACCAAUUUAUCAUAUUAUUUUUGAUUACUAGAAAGGUUGGUUAAGUUCUAACAUUUCAAACACCAUACUUUUUCAUUCUGAAUGGAUCAAUAUUUCUCUAUUAAAGAUAAUUUCAAAAAUAUCUGAAGAAUAUAAAAAACAACUUGCAUGUAAACAAUGGAUUGACAUUCUUUUGUCAAUUAUUUCUCAUUCACCAACAGUGACAUCUCUAGCUACCCAGGUUUAAAAUUUGAAAAUUAUUUUAUAUCAUUAAUUUUUUAUGUGUUUAUUUUAAAUUUAUUUAAGGUUCAAACCAUACAAUUGAUCAAAAUUUUGGUUACAUCUGAAACAAUUGAUUCUACAACUAUUAAAUCUUUAGUAGAAACUCUUAUGGAAGUAAUUGGAUCAUCUGUUUUACAAAGCAACUCUAAAUAUGAUGUUAUUGGUAAAAAUAUAGUAUUUAUUAUUUAUAUACAUAAUAUAUAUUAUAAUUACAAAUUACUAACACAUUAUUUCUACUAUGAAGAUGGAAAACCAUUAGUUCCUUUAACAGCUUCCUGUUUAAACACCAUUGCAGAAGAAUGUAUUCUAUUAUUGCGUACACUGUACAAUAGCAAAUUUUCAAACCAAAAAAAUGCUACAGAUUUGCCAUCUUCUUUUGAUUCCCUGAUUGUUUUAAAUCUCAUAUCAGCUACCAAUUAUUUAGCAAAUCCUACACCUGAUAAAAAUUUAUUUGUAAGUUAAAGUCCAUAUUAUAAUCAAAUAUAUGUACAUAAUAAUAUUUUUAUUUUCAGAAAUUAUAUAGUUUGUCAUAUAGUGCAAUGGCAUCGUUGAUGGUUAUUGGAGGCUUUGAUAAUCGACCAAGAAUUGGAGGAAUUGUCUCAAUAAAAGAAGAAACUGAAGGUUUGUUGAUUUACAAUUUUAAUUGAUCAUUAUUAUAAGAUAUACUAAUAUGGUAACAAUUUAUUAAAAUAGAACUGUUUAGACUUAUAGUAGUUUUUCUUAUUAUAUUAUUUAUAGUAUUAUAUAAAUUAUAUACUAAUCGGAAAAGAUUUUAAACAAUUUUAGAUUCUGAAUGUAUUGGUUUUACAAUGUUGUUUAAUAUUUUUUUUUUUUUUUGAACAACUUUUCUACCAAAAAUGUUGGUCUGAUUUUUAAAUGUAGUACUUUUUCUAAAAGGAAAUUUGACUGGGGUGGUACUUUAAGGAGGUUGUUUUUUGAUUAACUCGAAUAAAACACGGGAAAAUAGAAAAUAUGUAUAAUAUUAAACAAAUAUUAAAGAAAAUAUUUAAUGUACAUGUAUAUGUAAUUAUUUUACUAUAAUAUGGCAUAUAUAUUUUUGAAAAAGCAAUACUAUCAACUGAAGUCUGCUCAAAAUUUUUUUUUCAUUAGCAAUGGUUAAUCAUUGCAUACAGAUAUACAUUAAAUUUCCCCUCUCAACCUUUUCAACUUUUCACCAUCUACAACAGUGGUCUACCCACUUGCGAAGUAUGUUUGUCUUCUUUACAAUCAAAUUAGUCUUAUUAUUUUAAUAGGAUUAUUAAAUUACCAUUUAAAUAAAAUACAAUUGAUUCCAUCUUAAAUCUUUGUCAAUUGUACAUACAACUUCAUGUGUCACACCAAAACUACGAUUUUAGAUAUAUAAGCUAAAAAUAGUAGUGAUAAUGAUUGUUUAUGGAAAAAAUCAAAUGAUCCCUUAUUUUCUAAGAGAAUUUUGGAAGUUCACUGGGGUAAUUUAUUUUUAUUUAGUAUGGAUAUUUUACAAAUAAAACAAGUAAAACCAAAAUUUUGAUACCAAAAAGAAAAUUCUAAAAAACAUAUUCUCAAAAUCAUGUAAUAGAGUUUGCAAUUAUUUUCUAGGACACCUUGUAUAGAAUAGUUCUACAUUAUAAAAUAUUUAAUAUUUAAUUGGUAUUUUAACCACUACAUUUAAUUUAAGCUACUGUAAUGAACAUUGAAAAAAGAGGAAAACUGAAAGUACUUAUACAUAAUACUGGAAAAACUGAAAGUCUUUUUAUCAAAGAUAUAGAACACAUUCCAAGUUGUACCAUUUCUACGGACUUUAUAACAGACUCUAUGAUUGAUACAUUGACAGCAAUGUUUUCUGCAGUCAUCACUAAUCAAAGUUUUAAAACUGUUACAGGUAAAAGAUAAUUUAAUUACAAAUGAAUGUGUUUAUAAUUCAUAUACCUAUUAUUUAUUAGUUUGUAUUCUUGAUUAUUGUUUGCAGGUGUGUCAGUUAAUGAAUCUUUUCUCUGUUAUCAAAAGGCAUUAUUGGCUGGUAUAAAAGUUGUCAGUGCUUUGCUACAAAAUAAAGUAUUGCUUCAUAAAAUACUUACAAAAGUAAUAAUGCUUAAUGGAGAAAAUUUAUUCCAAGUCAUACUUUUUAAAGCUGUACAACCCUCUCCUAUAAAACCUCAAUAUUUAAAAAAAGAAUUAGAGGAAGCAGCAAUAAAUUUAACCCAAUACUUAACGGUUGAUACACAAUCCAGUUCUGUACGACAUUCUAAAUGGUCAAAAUAUUUUUCAAAAAGCACAUUAAAUAUGUUACUAGCACAAUUAUCUGAUAUGGGUUUCAAUAAACAAUGUGUAUUUAGUGCUAUUGAAGCGCAUGGUUAUACAUCUUUGGAUGCAUUAGUAUCCUUAUUAAUGGAAGGAAAGAAUGAAAGUUUAUCAGAUAUCACUGACACUUUAUCAUCAUAUGAAGAUUUCUCAGAUAGAGAUGAAUCUUCAACAACAGAAGAAUAUGCUGAAAAUGUAAGUUUUUAGUUUAUCGUAUAUGUUGUUUACAAUAUGAUUUAAAAAAUGUUAUUGUUUUAUUAAACAGCCAACAAGUAAUGAAAAAGUAAUAUUUAAAAGACGAAACGAUUUUGACAAUGUUGAUGGUUAUGCAAAAUAUAUGCAAUAUGCUGUUGAUGUAGGCAUGAUUGUACGCUGUUGUAGAGAAUAUGAAAGUAUUGAAGUUGGGUGUGAAGGUAAAGUUGUAAAAUUAGUGAGAGAUGGAGGAUUACAUGAUCUUAAUGUCAAGGUACUUUUAAAAUUAUGAAGAUAAUGUAUUUUAUUUAUUGAUCAGAAAUAAAAUAUUUAAAUAUAACUAUUAAAUUAAUAGGUUGAGUGGAAGUCUAUUGGUAUUGUUUAUUGGGUACGAUACAUUCAUAUAGAACUGGUUGAUUAUGGAACUUCAUGCGUUGAAACUGAUUCAAUAUUCAAUAAUAAAUUCAUAGAUAAAAUAAAAAUGGCUAAUGACUUUAUUGCAGGUAACAAAAUAAUGAUAAAUUUACUUAUUUAAUUAUUGUUUUAAUCAAUUAAUCAAAUCAAUUCUGAAUUACAAGUCUCAUCUACUGUGCGUGAUUUAAGUAUUUUGUUGUCUUCUGAUCUUACAUUCAAUGCUUAUAUCAACGUUAUCUAUGACAAAGCCUUACGGGCAAUUGGCUUCAUAAACCGAAAUUGUUACAAAUUUAAAAACAUCUAUUGUCUUAAAGUGUUAUAUUGCUCUUUUAUUAAGUUCAUAUUAGAAUUUCCGUCAGUAAUUUAGAAUCCUAAACAUUACCUAAUUGCCAAAUUUUAAAAAAAUCAAACAAUGUUUUUAAGGAUGAUGGCAUACAGAUUAAGUCAAAUGAAUAUCCUCCUAGAUACUUUGGCUAUAGAAUUUGCCUCUAAAACCUUCUAUAUAAUGACAACUUUUGUCCAUAAAUUAAUAAAGGGUAAACUGCUCAGAAUUUCUAACAAAGAUAAAUUUUAAAAUUCAAACAUUCAUCUCAAAAAAUAAUCGCCCAUUUUUAGUAGCACAAUGCUCUACAAAUAUAAUUAAAUAUAGUCCAAAGUAUCGCCUUUUAAAUGCUUGUAACAAUGUACCUAACUUUGAUUUUUUUUUUUAUCUACAAAUUAAAUUAAGGCAUAUAAUAAUCAAUACUAGUUAAUCUACAUGAAUCUAUUGUAUAUAUAUUACAUAUUUGUUUUCAUUUUUUCUAUUUUUUCUUUUUUUGUAUAAUUUAAUAUUCAAUAUUUAGAUUUACAUUAUAUAAUCUUUUGUGUAACUGUACUCUACUCCUUUGGGGUGUUUAAACUUUAAAUAAAUAAAUAAAAUUAAGUUUUUUCUUUAGAUAAAAAUAUAGUUCUAUCCAACUAUCCUGAAAAAGAAGAAAUGUCUGAAUUCCUAUUAAAGUGUACUUCUACUGCUGUAGAAAGUGUACUUCCAAAUUUAUUUGAUUGGAAAGCAGAUAAUUAUUGGACUAGUGAAGUUGCCAAUGGAAAUGUAAGUUUUUAAAUACUUCCAUAUAAACCAUUUUUAUGGUUUAGAUCAUAGUUGCUCCUUUAUUUUUCUAGCAUUGGAUCAAAUUGGAGUUUCAACCAAAUAUAGUAGUUCAUUCAUUAUUAUUAAAAUUGAAUAACCACAAUGAACGUUUUAAUCCAUUAUUUGUGAUAGUGAAUAUUGGGUCCAAUUUUAAUAAAAUGGAAGAAGUUAAUCGUGUCAUGAUAAAUUCUUCAGACAGGAUUUUGCAACUUUUGCAUUCAGUAAAUAAGGUAGUGUGAAAUUUUAAAUAAAAGUAAUUUAGAAUUUAUUUAGAAUUCUCCAUGUAAUAUACUAAUUUUCUUAAAGUAAUAAUCUCAAUAGAAAUAAAUGUUAAUAUGAGUAACAUAAACAAAAAUAACAUAACAUAAAAGUUAAAAUAAAAUAGCGUAGAGUUCAAUGUAAUUGUCAAUUAUGGUGUUACAUAUAAUCUAGUCUAAUCCUUAUUUACAAACUUAUGUCCAAGGUAAUAUUCAUUCUCUGUGGUCAAUAUAAUAAAAUUCUUCAUUUCUCCUUGAAAUUUUCUCUUAGGAUAAUCCAAUACAAUGUACUCUAUUGGAUUUAAUUUCCACAAUCACAAACUGGAUUAUUCCUAAGCUUCAACCAGUGCAUAAAAAAACACAUCUUCCAUGACCUGUUUUGAGUCGAUUUAGAGACACCUACUCUUGGCGAAGUAGUUUAAAUCCCUCCAUAGGUGUAGGAUCAUAAACCAAGUUAGCAUUCUUGAGUGUAAGACUGUUCCAUACAAUACGUCAUUCCAUAAUUGAAUUAAUAAUAGUUGUUCAUAAUUGAAGUUUGUCUGAAUAAGGCGUUGAGCCUUAGUGACCUAAGGUAGUUUCUUUGACCUGUGGGGUGUUACUAAGCAUUUGAGAUAACAUAAAUAUUUUAUUAGAUCCUGUUUAAUAAUUAUUUACCAAAGCAUCCUUUCUUUUGAUGUUGGUAGGAGUGAUAUUUGCCAGGACCAGGAGUCUCUACAAUGUGUUUGACCUAAAUGCUUCACUUAUAACUUGCAAGACACUGUUUAAUUGUACAUCACUCUUUUUGAUGUGUUGGUUAUUAAGUCAAAAACCUGAGCAGUAUUCAGCAGUAGAAUAUACUAGUGCUAGAGAAGCAGUUUUGAGUGUAUCUGAUCCUCCCCUCACUCUAUCCCUGCUAAUUUUUGUAACAAAUUUACUCUUGAUCUCAUAUAUGAAUUUACUAAAUUCUUUUUAAAAGUUAAAGAAUGAUUCAUGGCCUAUAUACUUGGGUGAAAGAUAACGAUUUACAGCUAUACUAUUAAACUAAACCUAUAGUUCUUGAUCCACCUGUCUGUUAUAGAGAUAGAAAACACUUACUUCUGUUUUGGAAAAAUUGUGAUUUAUAAAAUUAAAAAAUUCAGAAUAAUUGUCAAUAAAUUUGUUUUAUAUUAGUUGAUUUCUGGGUUACUAUUAGGAAAAACACGACUAAUAUUAUGCUGCUCAGAAUCAUUUUUGAUUGCAAUAAUUUAUAAUUACUUUCAGUAUAUAAAUUAAAUAACUCUAUAUUAUAUACUUUUAAACUUCCCAACUACUUCAGUGGCGUAAAGUAUGUCACACUUUUUUUUAGUAUUAAUUGUCAUAGAAAUAAGUUGGAUAUUCUCUAUGUCUAAUUGUUGUUUUUAUUAAUUAUACUAAUAUUAUUAUUUAAUUUCAGUGUCAUAAAUGUAUUGAAAUUGUAUUGCGUACUUCUAAAAAAAUAUGUGUUAUAAGUGCAUUAAAAAUUGAUGUUGUAUUACUUGAUCAAGAAUCUGUUAUAAGUUCCUUUAUGCCUCAAUUUGACUUUGAUCAAGUAACCAAAUAAUUUAAUUGCUAUUUGUUUUACAAUUAAUAAUUAUUCUGAAAAUAUUUUUCUAAUUAUUAUUAAUUAAUAAUUUACAUUAUUCAUUUAUCAUAUGUGUCUAUAGGAAUUUCCACCUAAACAAGAACAAGAUUCUAAAGUUAAAAUAGAUUUGGAGUAUUCUGUUUAUGUUUGGGGUUUAAAUGAUAAAGGGCAACUUGGAGGAAUGUUUGGAUCUAAAGUAAAACGGCCAACAUUCAAUGAAGCACUUACUGCACUUAAACCCAUUCAAAUUGUUGGAGGUUCAAAAUCAUUAUUUAUUGUUUCAAAUGAGGGGAAGGUAAAAUUAUAAUAGAUUGUUAUUUGUUUGUUUAAUGUUUUUACUGUAAUCAUAUAUUAUAUUAUAGGUAUUUGUUUGUGGAGACAGUAGUGGUGGUCGACUUGGUAUACCAUUUUGUGGUAAAGUUUGUUCACCACGACAAGUAUCUGGUCUUAGCCAAUUUUGUAUUAAAGCUGUAGCAGUGCAUUCCGGGGGAAAACAUGCAAUGGCAUUGUCACUUGAUGGAAAAGUAAUUUUUUUGUGUUCAUUAUAACUUAUAAUUCUCAUUUUUAUGAAAAUUAAAUUAAAUUAAAUUAAUUAGGCACUAAAAGCUUUUUUUUUAAAAAAAUUUUUAAAAACAUUGGCAACUGUAAAAAUUUAAAGCGUGGUACCUGUAAGUUUUUUCUGUCUUAAAAACUUACGAAAUAACAAAUUUACGUUCAUUAAGGACAAAAUUGUGCUACUAUAGCAUGAACACUGAUAGUAUUUUAAAAGGUCUUUAAAAUACUGACUUAAGUUUUUAGGAUCUACCAUAAACAAUGACCGUUUGAUCGUUUAAAUUUCUUUUAUCAUUUUCAAUGUUUUUAAGUAAAAACUUAAAAACAAGGAAAUAGUUAUGAAUUAGUAUGUAUGUUAGUUAUUAUUAUUUUAAUUUGUGUAGGUUUUAUCUUGGGGCGAUGGUGAUGACGGUAAACUUGGUCAUGGUGAUACCUUUACUUUAGAUACACCAAAAAUCAUUGAAGCAUUACUUGCUAAGAGAGUAUUUUACAUAGCAUGUGGUAGUGCUCACAGUGCAGCAACUACUUCUGAUGGUGAAUUAUACACUUGGGGUCAAGGACUAUAUGGUCGAUUAGGACAUGGUGAUGAAACUUCUCAAUAUAUUCCAAAGCUUGUAAAUUAAUACAUUUUUAUUAUUUUCAAUACAAUGAACACAUACGUGUGUAAUAUUUUAUGUGUGUAUAUUACAGGUUAAAGAAUUUGUUGGAAAACAUAUUGUUCAAGUAGCUUGUGGAAGUCGAGAUGCUCAGACUCUAGCUUUAGACAAUGCAGGCAAUGUAUAUUCAUGGGGUGAUGGUGAUUUUGGUAAACUUGGUAGAGGUGGAAGUGAUGGCUGUUGUACCCCACAAAAAGUGGAAAGAUUAGUUGGACACAGGGUUGUGCAGAUAGAAUGUGGUGCUCAAUUUUCUGUCGCAUUAACUGCGACUGGUCAAGUAAAAUAACAUUUUUAUUUGUGUACAUAUGUAAUUGUUUUAUUAUUAUUAUUAUUAUUAUUAUGUAUUAGGUGUGGACUUGGGGUAAAGGGGAGUACUACAGAUUAGGUUUAGGUAGAGGUGAACAUGUAAGAAGACCAACUCUUGUCCAUCAACUAAAAUCAAUUACAAUUGAUCAAAUUUCUGUUGGUACAUUACAUUGUCUCGCUGUAUCAACACAAGGAGAAGUAAAUUGUGUUAAUUUGUAUAUUUUUAUUUUAAUACAAAAAAUAUUUAUAUCUAUUACACUUUGUAAUAUUAAUAGAAAUAAUUAAUAAAUAUAAUUUCAGGUUUACUGUUGGGGUGAUAAUGAUCAUGGACAACAAGGCAAUGGUACUAUAGAUGCUAAUCAAGAACCUAAAGUGGUUAUAAAUUUUAGUAACAUAAAAAUUAACCGUGUUGGUUGUGGUUCAUCCCAAUCUAUUGCCUGGAAAUGUUCUGAACUACCACUAUUUAUGUCUGAUGAACCUGUGAAAUUUACUCGAGUUAUAGACUCUAUGGGAACGGCAGCUCUAAGUAAGUAUAUAUUCCAAUUUUGUAUGGUAUAGUUACACAUUUAUUAAUGUGGAUUAUUAUUUAUCAUAUAUUAAAUUUGGGUUUAUUAAUAUUGAUUAAUAGAUGAAAAUGUUGAGUCUAAAAUUAAAAUUGACUGUGAUCAAAAUGAUCGUGAAAAAGAAUCACUAUCAAGAACUAUAUUAGCAUUAGAUACCGCUGCUGCAAAACAAAAUGCUCUUCAACAUGUUUUGAACGCCUUAAGAAUUAGUUUAGCUCGAGAAAUUGUGCUUGCAGCUCUUUCAUCGUCUUCUUUUGACAGUAAUGUAUCCUCUAUUAGCUUGAUAGAACAUUCAUUUUUAAUUAUAUUAUAUAUUUCCAGAUGUAAAUAUAAAUUAUGAGAUAAUACAGUCAGAUCAAGGAGGUGGUGAAGCUCCAGCUCCAGUUUUAGAAGUAAAAUCCUUGUAUUUCAUAAAUAAAUGUAUUUUGCAUUUAUUAUUAAAAAUUAAUUAAAUUAAAUAUAUUUGUGUAUAAUAAUUGUAGAGUAUUGCGGUAACUCCAGAUAGCACAGAAAAUUCAUUACAAAUGCCAUCUUCUUUAACUGUGUCAACAAGUAGCACAUUGUCUUCUAAGGCUACUAAUACAAAGUCAAUGGUGGCUGCUACAAUAAAAUCAAAAGAUCAAGUAUUUAAUAUUUUUCAUUAUUGUUAUAAAUUUCUAUUUAAAUUUAAAAAAUCGAUUAGGUUAUUGGAUUAAAUGAUUUAUCAUUGCUACCUCUCAAACCGAUUGAUAGUUUUUUAAAUACAUUGAAUGAAAAAGAUAUCAGACUGUUAUUGGAUUUGACAAAAUUAGCAUCAGUUCAUAGACUUGGGCCAACUGCAGAAUCCGUUUUGAUUAACACAUUUACUUGUAAAAAAAAAAAAAAACACUAAUUAUUUAUUUUUUUUUAAUUUUAUUAUUUGUAUUUUUAAUAAUGAUACAUAAAAUAAUUAUUUUACAGCUUUUUUACAUUCAAACAAACAUAGAAAACUUGUGUUGGAAUACUUUGUAUCAGAAAUGGAGACUAUUUAUUCUCAUUGCUCAUUUCUAGUGUCACCGCCCUCCCAACAUAUUGUGCAAGAGAGUACUCAUCCUUAUCACGAUGAAACCUAUCUUUCUGGAUAUGUAAACAUACCAGGUAUUUAUUAAAUAUUGUAGUAUUUAACAUUUUAAUGAUAAAUUAAAAAAAGCUGUCUUAGGAUAAUGGAGACGGGUACAGCUACUGUUGUAGGUGAGAAGUUGGGAAGUUAGGAUAUAGAAGGGAAAUUAAUUUAUACCUGUAAGCAACAAUAAACAAUAUAUAAAUGUCAUAUUAUAGUAAAAAAAUUACACAUGCAUUUUAUAUUUUCUUUAAUAAUUUUUUAAUAUUUUAUAUAUUUUCCUGUUUUUCCUAAAUUUUUUCCAUUUAUAAGGGAAAGCUCCAGGGGAAAUCAAAAAAUAAUCUCCCUAAAGUAACACUUUAGUCAGAUUCCCUUUCAAAAAAUGGUAUUAUUGUAAAUCGGGGCAAAAUUGCUGGUAGGAACAUGGUCCACAGAAAAAAUAAAAUAAAAUAAGCAUCAUUGUACAACCAAAAUAUUCCUUGCUCCACUCAAAAUUUAAAAUAUUUAUUUUAAACAAAUUUCCAAGAUUUCCAAGCCAAAUAUACUUUGCUUCAUGGGUGUGUUACUCUUGUUGUUAGGAAGCUGGGAAGGUAAAAUAUAUAAGUUAAUUUGAUUUAAAUAUGUGCAACAAUAACUCAUUGCUAACAAAAAACAGUUUUGAGCAAAUUUUAGUUGAACAUACUUUUAUAUAUUUAAAUUGAAAAUUGUAAUAAUUUGUAACUGCAAAAUAAAUUACAAUUGUCUAUAUUAAAUUUAGAUUCUGAGCAGAUUGUAUUGGUUUUACAAUAGUGUUUAUUUUUUCUUUGCUUUUAUCUGUGAACAUCUUUUCAAAAUUUGUUACCAUUAAUCACCUUUAAAGUUGAUGAUUGGUUCAAAAUCUUUGUCAAAAAUUUGUUCAUAGACAGGAAAAAUGUAUACAUAGUAAAACUAAUGCAUUUAUUACUACCCUCAAAAUACAGUACUCUAAGAUAUAUGAAUAGGUUUUUGAUAAAUCAGAGUUCAAAAGAACAAAAACCAAAAUUUAAUAUUAUAAGAACUUUCAACAUUUAAGUUAUUGUAUACAUAAUGUUGAAUAAUACUUUGUCACUAGGUGCAAUUGCUUUAUAUAUAGAAUUCAAUCAGAAUUGUUCAACUGAAAAACAUAAAGAUACAUUAACAUUAAUGGAUGGUGCAGAAAAUGUUAUCAGUGUACGAUCAGGAAGAGAUACAGAAUGGUCUAUACCGUUAUUCAUUCAACGUAUGUUAUUUAAAUGUAUUAUUUAAUAUUUAUAAGUGAUAACAAAUAUAAACUAAAUUAUAAGGUGGUGAACUUCAUUGGAAAUUUAUGAGUGAUAAAUCUGUAAAUGGUUGGGGCUGGCGUUUUGUUGUAUAUCCUAUUAUGUCUCUAACAAGACAGAGUGGUACUGAUCGUGAAGUACUUUCCAGACCUUCUUUAACAGUUGUUCGUAGUCUAUUACAUAUAUGUCUAAAACGAUGUGAAAAUGAGGGAGUUAUUAGGCGAUUAACUGUUACAUUGAUGCUGACGUUACAUUUAACUACUCUAGGUAUGAAUAAUGAUAUAAUAUUAUUUUAAAAUUAUUAGUUAUAUUAAUAUUUGAAAUAAUAUGGAAUAGGUCACGAAGAGAGAAUUUGGUGUAUUAGUAUACUAAGUGAGAUAUUUAGUAGUUACCGAGAUCUGGCCCAUGAAUUGUUUAUUACACCAUAUGGAGAAGGUGGUAUAGCUGAUGUACUUGUACGCACUGAACGUUUGAUGUUUAGGCAGUUUGAUUAUGAAGAAGUAUCUGUAAUCUCUGGGAAACAACUUUGUUAUUCUGAAUAUUUUAAAGUAUAUAUUUUAUUAUACAGUCUAAAAUUUCUAUUUAAAUAAUAUUAUUUAUAUUGGUUUAUGUUUAUUAAAGGCUUUAGUAUAUAUGAUGAAGUGGGUAAAUACAAGUUUACGUAAUUGGCAAUUUGACGCCUCAUGGUUUGUUGAUUACUGUUUUGGUAUUGAUGUGGCAAGUGCUCUGAUUAGUCGAGACAAAUUCUCAGAAGAAUUUAUUAAUCAAGUACAUAGAAAAAUAGAACGCAUUGAUCUAAACUAUAAAAAGAAACAUGAAAAUAUUUUUAUCAGCAACAGAAAGUUUACAAAAGAACAUGAUGAACAACUGUUACAAUGGUUAAACAGGUAGGUUGUGUUAAUUCAUUGUUGAUAAUUUAUUUUGUGAACUUCAAAAAUUAUUUUAUUAUUUAUUACCAUUUAGUAAACCUGAAGAUUGGAAUUUAACUUGGGGAGGAAGUGGUCAAAUUGUAUAUGUUUGGGGUCAUAAUCAUAGAGGUCAACUUGCAUAUAUGGAUCCAUCUCAAAUAAAAAAACCAUUGUUAUGUGAUUCGUUGUCAGCUUUAAAGCCUAAUCAAAUUAUUGGAGGAGAGCAAACUAUGUUUGCAGUUACUUCUAAUGGAAAAGUAUACGCAUGUGGUAUGUGGUAUUUAUUAAGUAAUUUAUUGACUCAAUAAUUCUAUAUAAUCAUUUUUGGAUGUAUAUAUUUUGUAUGUCUAGGAUAUACUGAAUGUGGACGUCUUGGUAUCAGUCCUCGUCCGAGAACUCCUUAUAUUGUUACUCCUCAACUUGUGCAAGGUCUUGAUCACAUUAUUAAGGUAAUUUUAAAAAAAAUGUCUAAAUACUUAGUAUUGAAUCAUAACUUAUAAUUAUUUUUAUUAAGGUGGCUGUAAAUUCGGGGGGCCGCCAUUGUUUAGCAUUAUCAUCUAAUGGAGAAGUAUAUGCGUGGGGUGAUGGAGAUGAUGGAAAACUUGGUCUUGGAAACAGAAUGUUAGUAAAUUUAUAUAUUUGUUAUAUUUUCUUUAAAUAAAAUACCUGCAUUUUUAUAGUUCACAUUUCAAACCACAACUGGUGCAAAGUUUGAGUGAUAAGUGUAUUAUAGACAUUGCUUGUGGUGGUUUUCAUUCUGCGGCAGUUUCACGUUAUGGUCAUUUGUAUACUUGGGGAAAAGGACGAUAUGGACGUUUAGGACAUGGCGAUUAUGAAGAUUAUUUAUGUCCGCAAUUGGUAUGAUACAUUGUGUAACCAUUUUUAACAUAGGUAAAUAUUGUCUAAUCUUAUUGUUUAGGUUAAAAGUUUAAUAAACUACCAUGUUAUAAAAGUGGCAUGUGGUAGUGGAGAUGCCCAAACACUAUGUAUUACUUCAGACGAUAAUGUUUGGUCGUGGGGUGAUGGUGACUAUGGAAAACUUGGACAUAAUAUUUCAGAAUCGUGUAAAGUAUGUAAUACUAAUUCGAAAAAUAAAAACAAAUCCCUUAAUGCAUUUUUUUUUUCUAUUACUGUUUGUAUAUAUUAGUUACCUUGUAAAAUUGAAUCACUGUCAGGUAAAGGUAUUAUUCAAAUUGAUUGCGGAUCACAAUUCUCAAUUGCGCUGUCAUCAAAUGGAACCUUAUACACUUGGUGAAUAUUAUAAAAAUUGAAAACAAAUUAUUAUUACUUAUUUUCAUAAAUUGUAUUUAUACAUUUUAAUAUUCAUUGUAAAGAAAAAUAUUUUAAUUUGUUUAGGGGUAAAGGAGACUAUUUUAGGCUUGGUCAUGGAAGCAAUGAACAUAUUCGUAAACCAAAACCAGUUAGUGGAUUAAAUGGAAUGAAAGUUAUUCAAUUUGCCACAGGUUUAAAAAUUGUUACUUUCUUAAAACAAUGCCACACACACUCACACAUGUUGUUUCUAUCUUAGAACCUUAUAAUUUAGCAAAUUUGCAUUCAGUAAAACCAAUUUUGUGCUGUUAGUUUUAUUAUUCAAGUGUAUCUUAAAGUAAGAUCAUUUUAUAAAUUUUCCUAUCAUAAAACUUUAUAAUAAGAAAAUUAACUGUAUGGUUUUUUUGUUUUUGUUUUUUGUGAUGUUUUAAUUUUUAAAUGGGUUAUAAACUUUUUUAAUUGUGAUAUCUUGCUUAAAAUUUAAAAUGCCAAAAAAAAUCACCUUACUAACAAACAAUGUUCCUAAUUUAAGUUUGAUAAUAGGUCAAUUCAUUCUAAUAUUUAAACUUUCAGCAUAAAAUCAGUUCUAUUGUACAUGAAUUUACUAUGUAUAAUUCUAUUAUUGGUAUAUUAGGAUCACUGCAUGUGUUAGCGUUAACCGAAGAUGGAGAAGUUUAUGCCUGGGGUGAUAACGAUGAAGGUCAAUUAGGAGAUGGUACACUAUACCCAAUAUCAAGACCUCGUCCUAUUGCUGCUCUUAAGGUAAAUUAAAAUUCAGUUACCCAAUUAUGUUAUAACUAAUUAAAAUAAGUUUACAUUUAUUAAUUGUCUAAUAUCAACUGUUGCCCGAAUAUUUAUUUAUCCUAAUUAUCUAUUAAACAGGGAAAGUAAUUAAUCAAUUUUAGAAAAGUAAGAAAAAGUUUACAUUUCUUAGGCAUUGUGUACAGUGCCUAAUUCAAUUAGUCAAAGUAGACUCUUAAUUUAAAUAAACAUACAAAUUUUAGUUUUCUUAUAUACUAUUUGCCGUUAGAGCACUAUUGGGUUACACCCAAAACUUGUUCAUUAUUGCGCAUUCACGUCACUAUUCCAGCGUGAGAGCUUCGCGUUAUAUGCUGUUGUUUUCAAUACGACCAAUAUUUGCAAUAUUGCAAUAUUUUUGCACUGUACUCAGCUAUUGUAUCAUAAUGUCCAAAAUUAAUAUUUCACCCAUAACAUGUAUUAUAUAAAAUAUAGAUUAAUAUGAUUUAAAUAAUAUAUUAUAAUAUUGUUGUUGAUAUUUUAGGGAAAACGCAUUCAACAAGUUGGCUGUGGAUCUGCUCAUUCAUAUGCGUGGGCUAGUGAUGAGGCUUGUCAUAUAGAAAAUUCUACUCCAAAAUUAAUACCUUUAGAGUAUGAUUUAUUACAGGAUUUUGAUUUAAAUGAUUUAAGAAAUCGAUUGGUACUGUUACACCAUUUCUCAACUAUAGUUAAUCAAACUCUAUUAUUAUUUUUGCCAAUCCGUGGAGAAAUUAGUUUAGACACAAUUCGAUCAUACAUGGUAUUUCCAGUGAAAGAAAACAUAUUUAAAAAAGUAUAGAAGAUUGCAAUAUAGUUAGUUAUUAUAAAAAAUAUAGAGAUUGUAAUAUUUGUAAUUUAAAUUCAGGUUCUUCAGCUAACGAUGGUGAGGGAACAGCGGCACGGCCCAGUUUUUGAAUUAAAUAGAAUUAGAUCUCGUAAAACACGAAAAUCAACAUGCAAUGAUUAUACACAUACAGUGUUUGGACAAAUGGUGACUAAUAUGGACUUUUUAGAUGAAGAUUCUUUAUUUUUGUAUCAUCGUAUAUGGAAAGUUCAGUUUGUUGGUUAGUGUAUUAAGUAAUAUUAAUUUUAGUUCAUAACUAAUAAAAUAAAUAGUUUAUUAUUUCAUUAUUUCCCUGUGUUGUAUUGAUACAGAUGCAUUAUUACAAUUAUAUAUAAUAUAUUACAAUAUAUUUGCAGGUGAGAGCGUUGAUGACUUUGGGGGUGGAUACAGUGAAAGUAUUGCUGAAAUGUGUGAAGAACUACAAAAUGGAUCUUUACCAAUAUUAAUACAGACACCAAAUGGCCGAGAAGAUACUGGUACAAGUAGAGAUUGUUUCAUAUUUAACACAUCAGUUACAACUAAAUUACACAUGAAAAUGUUUGAAUUUCUAGGUAAGAAUUAUUGUGUUUCUUUAAACUGGUAAAAUAAUACUAGAUACUAUAAUUAUACAAGUUCAAAAAUAAUUUAGGUAUUUAGCAUAUAUAUAUAUAUAUAUGUUAAUGGCAAAGUGUAUAUUGUUAGAGCUCUAUAUAAUAAAAAAAACCAGCGUUUAUAUUGCAUUAUUUAAUUAAAUAAAUUUCCUUGGAAUCAUACAAAAUCAAUGGGUAUUAUAUAAAAUAGGUAGGUAUUAUUAUUAUCCAAUAGUAUUGAUAUUUAAAUUUAGUUUUUACAAAUAUAAAAAUAAAAUAAAAUAGGUUGUUUGUUGUUUUGUUACAAGUCUAAAUUAGAAUAACAUUAUCUCAAUAAUGUAUCUUGUUGUUAAUUAUUAAAUGAUGACAUUUCGAAUAAGACUGAACACUGAAAUAAAGAAAAUCCCUAUACUGUAUACAGGGUGAUCAACAUAACACGAGGCACUCAUUAUUUUGGAAAGUAUUAAUUUUGUGUUUGUUUUUUAAAUCAUUUGAAAAAUAAGUAACUCUAAAAUGUUACUCUACAGUUACUUUUUGUCACCUUUAUUUUGAGGGGUACAAUCAAUAUCUACUUUUGAUUUUCAAAUGGCAACCUGCACUAAAAAAUCCAUAAAUAGAUAAGAGUAUUAAUUUAAAUUAAUUUUGAUAUAGAAAUUUCUGAUUUCUGUUAACCUGUUGACGAUAUAUUUCACUUUUAAGUGUAGGUAGGGGAAGAGUGGUGGAAUCUUAUUAAAAUGUCGUGCACAAAUGAUGCACUACUACUUUCCCUCCUCCAAAACUUUAAAGUGGAAUACCUUGUUAACGGUUUUUUAUAAAAAAAUUAAAAUUUCAACAGCAAAAUUGAUUUAAAUAAAUACUCUCUCUAUUUAUAGAACAUUAACUUUAAGUUGCAAUUUAAAAAUCAAAAGUAGAUAGUGGUUUCACAUUUUAAAAUAGUGGCAAUAAAACAAAUAUUAAUAUAGUAUUUUAGAAUUCUUAAAUGAUCUAAAAAACAAAUUUCAAAAAAAGUUUAUACUUUCCAAGAUAAUGAUUAUCCCACAUUACGUUGAUCUCCGUGUAUAGUUUAUAGUAAUUCAUAAUAGAUGUGCUGAAACAACAUUAUGCCAGUUUACAUUAUUAUGGUAUCUGUAAACAAAAUAUAAUUAUUUAUGUUUUAAUACAUAUUGAUUUUAUAUAAUUCUUAGGCUUUUCAUUUAAUUAAAUAAUAUAUUAUAUACUUCUUUAAAAUGGCAUUGUAUUUGUAAAAUACCUAGGCAUUAUAUUUAACUGAAAUAUUGUACACUUUGCCAGUAAAUAAGCUAUGUUAUAAUAGUUUUUAAAAUUGUAUUAAUUUACAAUUACUAUUACAUGAUGUACUAGUUCUUGCCCGUAAACAAAAAAACAACAUUUAAAGUUUAUUAUUCUUGUAGUAUCUUUUUUAAAAUUUAAAUUAAUUAAAUUCGCUCGCAUUUAUCAUUUAACACAAAAAAUAAACUAAAAAAAAGUUUUUAUUGUGUACCUAAGUUUAUCUGAUAAUUAAUGCUUUAUCAACAGAAAUUUACAGUAAAAUACAAAUUAAAUCAUAACUGAGAGAAGCAACAGUUUUCUUUUUUUUUUUAUUUCGUAUGGCAUGAGUCUCAAACACAUAAUACACUAUUCACUUUCUAACUGUAACAAAUAUAGAAUAAUAAAAUAAAACAAAAUAAAAACAGAACAUAAGGUUCUGGUAGUACACAUAUAGCUGUUAAAUAUAUUAUAUAAAUUGUAAAAUAAAAUAAAUCAACAUAUAAUAAUAUUGUUAUAAAUAGUAGUUAAUUAUAAGUCUAAGUCAAGUUCUAUUAGCCAUUUUAUUGCCUCUUUGGUAGCUUUGUGGAUUCUUUCAGUCCCUUGUUCGAAUGACCUCCUAGGACACGAUUCCACGAUGUGUUUCNCAUAUCUUCCCUGUCCUGUCCUGAUCUGAUUUAUUGUUGUCCAUUGGUUUCUUGGUAGUGACAUGCCUUCUAUUUUUUGGUCGGGUCUAGUAAUAAGAUCUUUAUUUGUAACAUGUGAUUUUGUCCACUCUUCAUUCCAUAAUGUACUACUACAAAAUUGUGUGUUGAUUAAGUUCUUUGCUGUUAAGCCAGGUGGUUUUCUGGAUUUUAGUCUAUUUAUCGGUUUAUCCCUUAGCAUUUGGAACAGUAGUGAUCCUUUGUAGUUUAGGCAUGAAGUUAUAGUAUUGACUAGAGCCUCUUUCCUCCUGAUGUGGGGUGGUGCUAUAUUUGUGAGCACUGGGAGCCAAGGUGUUUAGGUUGACUUUACCGUGCCACUAAUAAUCCUCAUUGCGUUGUUGAGUUCAGAGUCUAUCCGAGUCACGUGUGCACUAUUGAUCCACACGGGGGCUCCAUAUUCAGCUGUGCUAUAAAUAAUAGCCAUUGUAACUGUCCUGAGUGAUAUUGCAUUAGCUCCCCAUCCUGUACCUGCAAGCUUCCGGAUGAGGUUCACACGAGAUUUCACCUUCUUAGCACUAUUUUCUAUGUUUUUCUUAAAAGACAAUAUUCGGUCCAGUGUUAUACCUAAGUAUUUUGAAGUGAAAUUGUGGUUCAAUUGUACAUUAUCAAAUUUUAUAUCUAGCGUUUUUCCAGCUUGUUUGUUAUAAGGUGAAAUGCACAUACUUCUGUUUUAUUUGGGUUUAGUUUGAGUCUCCAUCUUUGGAAGUAUGUGUUCAGGGUUGUUAAGUCUUUUGCCAACACCCUUUCACCAUCCACCAUCACCAUUGAUUGGNAGGCAAUCGCAAUAUCGUCUGCAAACUGGAAUAUGGUGCCCCCCCGUUUUUGGUAGGUCGCUCAUGUACAAGUUAAAUAGUGUUGGUGCUAAUACCGACCCUUGUAGAAGACCAUCAUUUAUUUUCCGCCAUCUACUUCCUUUACUAUCUAAGAACACUCUUAGCAGGACAGUUUUCUUUACAUAUAUACUAUAGAAUGUAAAUUGUAAUUUGUAUUUUAUAGCCAUUAACUAAUUUGCUAUAUUUGUUGUUUUUAUGUUCAAUAAUGUAGUAUUUGGUACAAAUAUAAUAUAUGUAAUAUGUGUAAAAUUAUCUACUUUCUUGUAUUACUUUUAAUUAUCUUUGUACAGGUGUAUUGAUUGGAAUAGCCAUACGUACUGGCAGUCCAUUGAGUUUAAAUCUUGCUGAGCCCAUGUGGAAACUAUUAUGUGGCAUGAAACUUAUACCUACUGAUUUAAUUGAAAUUGAUAAAGAUUAUGUACCUGGUAAUUUGAUAAUUACAAUCUUAAUUUUAUCAAAUAUAAAUUUUAAUAAAAUUCCCUAUAGGAUUAUUAUAUAUUCGAGACUUGGAUGGAGAAGAUGAAUUUACAAACCUUGAUAUGCCAUUUGGUACAACAACAUCCUCUGGAUGUUCAGUUAUUUUAAGUACUGAACAUAAAAAUGUCACUCAGUAUAAUAAACAUGAAUACCUACAAGCCUGUUUGAACUUUCGGUAUUAAUUUUAAAUAAUUAACAUCUAAAAUAAUUUUAAACUAUAUUGAUGGUUUUUUUUUUUUUUUUGUAGACUUCAAGAGUUUAAUAAAGCAGUAAAAGCUGUUCGAGAGGGUAUGACUAGAGUAAUACCAGUGUCCUUAUUGUCUAUAUUCACAAGCAGUGAAUUAGAAACCAUGGUUUGUGGUUCACCAGAAAUACCUAUAAAUAUGUUACUUAGUGUUGUUACUUAUAAAGGUAUAAACAAAUUGGUUAUCAUUUAUUUAGAAAUUGAGUUUCUAAAAAUAAUUUGAAAAAAUUCAAUAUAGGUGUUGAAGCUCACGAUAAGCUAGUGCAGUGGUUUUGGGAAAUUUUGGGUGAAUUUAACAAUCAAGAGAGGUCUUUGUUUCUAAGAUUUGUUUGGGGGCGUACAAGGCUGCCGAGAACUAUUGAAGAUUUCCGUGGUAGAGAUUUUGUUCUACAUGUGAGUUAAAAAUAUUUUUAUUAUUUCACACAUUUUCUAUGUUAUUAUUCUUUAAUCUAAUUGUGUUAUAGGUUAUGGAUCGAUAUUCACCACCAGAUAAUUUUUUACCUGAAAGCUAUACAUGUUUUUUUCUUUUGAAAAUACCACGUUACAGUAGUAAAGUGAGUAGAAUCAAUUAUUUAAACCAAUUCUUAAUAUAAAUUUUAUUUUAUGUACAUUAAGCAAGUAAUUGCAAAACUAAUUAUUAUAAUACUUUUAUUUGGUUUACAGGAUAUAAUGAAUGAAAAACUCAAAUAUGCCAUUCAUUUUUGUAAAUCAAUUGACACGGAUGAUUAUGCAAGAAUUGCAUUACCCAGAAGUAUGGAUGGAUCAUACAUGGAUUCUGAUAGUAUAUUUAGUGAAGAUGAUCCUUAA